GUCAUGCAUUCAGCCAGCCAGCCAGCCAGCCACAGAAGAUGCAUCCAUCCCAUUUGCAAAUGAUGGACGUACACAUACGUAUACACACACGGACAACACAGAGAGAAUGUCGCUCGCAGAGAGAUGAAGUGGAAAGGCGGCGGGGCGGAAACUCACUCCAUGUCACUCUUAUCGGGCAGGCUGGCAGACGAGCAGGCAGCUACACACACGCCGAAAAACGGAGACACACACACCCAGCACGGGAGAGACGACAUUCAGCGAGGAAACUGUCUGUCAUCCAUCCAUCCGCAUAGAGCCAAACGUACAUAAACAGACACCGAACACAGACCUUUGUAGAGAGACAUCCUAGCGACAGGGGUGGGUGAGCACAAAACCCACUCUUGUGGGUCAUCUGACUCACAGCAGGCAGCUAGCUGGUCACGCAGACACGUGCAUGCAGCCACGACACAAUCGGUCUCGUACAUAGGAGCUGCUCAGUGCGGCUGUUCUUGCUAGGCUGCCUCUCCCUCAUCUCCCUGGCCAUCCGCGCCACCGCUCUCCUGAACGAAUCACAUGCAUCAAGAUCGAAAGUGUCGGCUCUUCUGUGCGUCCGAUUUGUGUACCCGGGUUUUGAGACUGGCGAUCUCCUCCCGGAGCCGCUGAAUCUCGGCCUCCAAAGGAUGCCGCUCCGCCGCUUCCUGCACACACAGCAGCCAGACAGACACAGAGGAUGACAAGAUCAGUGGAGCUGUGGCAGUCUGACUGACCUUUUUGCGUGUUGUCUCUCUUUCGAUGAGAUGGUCAUAGAGCUGGUCGAAGGCCUCCUCAUCGUGUGCGUCGACUGCUUUCUUGAGGGCGCUUUUGAAGGCCGUCUGGAUGGCUGAUGGGAGGAGGGGGAUCAGGGGCAGGACGGCAGGUACGUCACUGAUGUCAAAGUAAGACCCCAGGGCGGAUGUGAUGGUUUCGACACGAUAUUGGGACAAAGAGAUGCCCUCGAUGGCCGCCGCCCAAUACAACAUGGACGGAAGGCGAUGACGCUGCACGAAAGCCAUGUUGGUGACCAUGUACUCAGCGACCUGACGAUGAAUCGACCUACACUCACCAAAACAACCACACACACAGAGAGCGAGAGCGAGAGUGAGAGUGAGAGAGACCUACUGUCUGUGUGCAGGUGCUUUUUUCCACUUGCCUGGCCAUCAUAGAGAUUUCCUCAUAGCGGCCCUCGAUGACACACAUCCGCAGAUAGUGGAGAGCCAGUUCACGCAUAGGGAACCGGCGAGCUGUCAUCGUGAGCUGAAUAUCCUUAAGACGAAUAUCCCCCAGCCCAUGCUGCGCCAGCGCAUCGGCAGAGAUAAUGCGGUCAUUGCCAUAUAGCGCCGUGUAUGCUCCGACCAACUUCACGCCAAAUGAGGAGACCCCAGCCGGUGCUCCCUCGCCCAUUCGGAUCUUGUACAUGUCCAUCAGCGUCCGGCUGUCGUGCAGUUGGGCAGCGGGAUGAGUGGCAUCGGAGUCACCAUUCGCACCAGACACCUCCAGAGAGCCAUAAGGCGCGUAACACGAUACAGCGGACUCCCCCUCGACUGCGGUAACGACUGGUUGGAUAUGAGCGUGCCAUCCCGCCACUUCCGUCAGCUUCGCAUCGCCACCGCGGAUGGCGUUGGCUGGCAGGUUGCUGGAUGCACAGGGGCUGUAGGGAGGGGGAAGGCCCACCACGAUGACAGAGAAGCCCAUACAUGUGAUGGCUCCCCCCCGCCCGUCGGCAAAGGGCCGCACCGUCGCCGUAGAAGAGGAUGAGAAUUCGUCGGACUCGAAAACGGCCGCUGCGGACAAAGUAAGGCAGCGACCACAGACACACACACGGUGUACGAGUGAAUAUUGUGAUGGUUGCCCCUUCCUGCUUAGACUUGUUGUACCCUGCGCGGCCGAUAGUGACGUCGAGCCCGUCGCAUUCGUCAGGAACUGGGCGAGCUCGUGACGCGACAUGUCCAUUGCAUCAUACGACAUGGCGUCUCCCAGGCUGGCCACCAGGCUCACGGCCGCCUUGAUGCUGUCAUCCUGAACCUCACCCCUCUCGCGUCGCCGCCACUGCUCGCGGAUGACGUCGGUCUUCUUGCGGAGGGACUGACGCAGCGCCGCGCAGAUGUCGGGAUGGCAGUGGAUGAAGCGCGCGAUGAAGGGGUACCGGGCGAAGCUGUCGAGCAGACAUGUCGCCAGCUGGUGGUCGGCAAGCCAUCCCUCCACCACGACCUGACACAGGCAAACAAAAUGCACCAACAGUGGAUCUGUGAACGAGCUCUCUUGCCAACUCACGCACCUUGCGAUGGAUGCGCACAGGAGGCUCUGAUUGCUGCCCUUGGUGAAGAUCUGAUCGAUGUCGAAUUGCAGGUAGUCGAGGGCAAUCAACGCAUCCAGCAGAUUGCCCUUGGUCAGCGAGUCCACUAUGUCCAGCUCCUGCUGCAGCACCACCUCACCAAUGGGCCGGCUGAUCUUCUCGAUGCACACCUGACGCUCCUGGCCCUCCUGAAACUCGCCGUCCAUCACCUGCACACACACACACAGACGACACACAUGGUGUGCAUGUCACGUGUCUGUCAUCUCUGCCGUGUGUGGUGUGUCGCAUCUCACCUGAGUGAAGUAUUUGAAUUGCCGUAUGACGCUCUCCGGAACGACGAGCGGCGCAUCGCCCUCCCCAUCGCCAGCGAACCGCACACUCACAGACGGCUCCAUAACACCGCUCCCCGCAGCAGAAUGACGGCAGCAGACACCGAGGAGGCGACGGCAGCACCCUUGACGAGAGCAGAGCACACCACGACGAAGGUGCGCCGCACCGGGAGUCACAGCUCAGCAGUCUGUCUCUUUUUCCAACAAGGCGACAGUCAGAUGGCCUUUACUUCUCGACUGGCGCAGAUCUGC